AUGGCUCUCCUCAAGCUCUUCCCCACAGACUACACCUUGGUCUUAUCUCUGCUGGCCCUCUUUCUCUUCCUGGUUGUGUCCGUAAUUCGGCGGAGAGUUCCCAGGAAUUUCCCUCCUGGACCGACUCCGCUUCCUCUGAUCGGAAACCUGCACCAACUGGACCUCAAGAAGCUGGACUGGUCUCUAAUGGGGCUCGCAGAGAAAUAUGGAAAUGUAUUUUCAGUGGAGCUUGGACCGCUGAAGGCAGUGGUGUUGACUGGUUAUGACGCAGUGAAAGACGCUCUUGUGAAUCAAGCUGAUCAAUUCAGUGGGAGGCCACCCAUCCCGAUAUUUGACGAUUAUUCAUUCCGAACUGGCGUGAUAUUCAGUGACGGGAAGUUGUGGCAGAAGAACCGAAAGUUUGUGAUCUCAGCUCUCCGAGGAUUUGGCAUGGGCAAGAAAUCCAUUGAAGACAGGAUCAGUGAAGAGGCCAGCUUUCUUGUCAAUGUGUUUGAGAGUCACAAGGGUCAGCCUUUUGAAACAGCACGGAUAUUGAAUUCGGCCGUGAGCAAUAUUAUCUGUUCCAUUCUAUUUGGAGAUCGCUUUGAUUAUGACGACAAAAUAUUUAACUCCCUCACAAACAUGAAUAAUGAGGUGGCGAUGUUGGCUGGAACAGCUUCAAUACAACUGUACAAUUCUUAUCCAUCUCUGGGAUUUCUGAUUCCGGCUCGCAGGAAGAUGAUUGAAAUUCGAGAUAAGAUGAUGGAAAUCUUUGACAGUUUCUUCAAAGCGGCUGAAGAAACCUUGAGUGAGAACAGCAUUCAGACCCUAAAUGAGGCCUUAAUUCUGAGGCAUCAGCAGGAAUCAAAAGGCCAAGCCUUGGAAAUUCAGAAAAAGGACAUGCUGAUUACAAUCAUUGACCUGUUUGGUGCUGGCACAGAAACCACUGCUACCACCGUGUGCUGGGGACUCCUUCUCAUGAUGAAAUAUCCAGAUAUCCAGAGGAAAGUUCAGGAAGAAAUCGAUCAGGUGAUAGGAGCCGGACGAGCCCCUGUAACCGAAGACCGAAAGCAAAUGCCUUACACUGAGGCUGUGAUUCAUGAAAUCCAGAGAUUUGCCAACAUCGUCCCCAUGAACCUUCCUCAUUCAACAACCGAGGACACACACGUGAAAGGACAUUUCAUUCCAAAGGGAACGUACGUGAUUCCUGUCCUGACCUCGGUGCUGCGUGACAAAACUCAAUGGAAAACUCCAAAGGAGUUUAACCCGGCUCACUUCCUGGAUGCUGAUGGGAAUUUUGUGAAGAGAGAUGCCUUCAUGCCUUUCUCUGCAGGUCGGAGGGUGUGCGCUGGUGAGGCACUGGCUAAAGUGGAGCUUUUCCUGUUCUUCACCACCUUGCUGCAGAAGUUCCACUUCCAGGCCCCACCAGGCGUGACAGACCUGGACACUAACCCGGGAAUCGGCUUAGUGACCUCCCCGAAACCCCACCGGGUUUGUGCUGUGUCUCGCUGAUGGGACCCAGCGACAGGCCCAGUCGGUCUUUCACUGCUGGGUUUAUAAAGGUGGGACUCGAUUAUCCUAUCUCUAUGCUAGCUGCGACACAAUCGUUUACUGUUUGCACAAAGCGUAAUUCCAUCAGCUUGUCUCCGAAACACUCUCCCGUUAAUGAUAACAAUUCCAAGGAACAUUUUUUCCAGUUGUAUAAAGAAGCUGGAAUCCCAUUGAGAGGCGUGAGUCCACUGACCACUCAACCAAUCCAACUCAUUCAUUUUGAGAAAACUUUACACACGAAGCAUUGACUUAAUCGGGUUAUCGA